AUGGCCAAAACGUACAUAAAGGCAGACUUUGAUCGGCUUAUGGAAGACAUAAACAAAAUCGAUAAUAGGGUGAAGGAGUAUAUGUUUGAUAUCGGCUAUGAAAAAUGGUCCAUAGCUCAUGCCCAUGUCAGCAGGUCGAUAUUCAUGAAGUUAAACAUAGCAGGGUCCUUAAAUUCAGCAAAUAGAGAUGCAAGAGACCUGCCAAUUAAAAAAUUCCUACAGUUUAUGAUGGAUCUGGUCAUGAGAUGGAAUAAUGAGCAUAGACAACAUUCAGAAGCAACAUUUACAGAACUGGGAAACAAAUACAAUAUAAUAAUAAGGGAAAAUCUCAUUCUAUCAAAUAAAAUGAAGGUGAUGGGUUCUACUCAUUAUUCUUAUGCAGUCAUUGAUGAAACUGGAAAAAGAAACAUUGUUUGCAUGCAUGAAAAAAAUGCUCCUGCCUACAAUUUCAAGUAG